AUGGCUGUGGAGGCAGAGCUGGGGCCGUCUGUAGCUGCUCAGCAUCAGAGGGACACAAGAGGGGAAUCCUCCAGCAUUCCCGCCCUUUGGGAAUUCCCAGAGGGGGAUUUCCCUCUAGAGCAGUCACGUGAUGAAACCCUUAAGCACGCCUAUGACCAAGUAUCAAGAAAGCGCUCUGUGAUACUGUCAAGUGAAGACACAAAGAGAAAGGUUGAAAAUGUUAAAGCUCUCAAAGAUAAACGGAGAGCAGCUCUUGAUGACCGACACAGGUACCUCAUCUCUUUGACUGCACUAGUAAUCGAUGUAGAGGAGGCGGAAGUCGAGGAGGCUUUCAUAUCUGAUGAUAAGUUCCACAUGUUCCAAGAAUUCUUUGCAGCCAACGGUUCAAGAAGACUGAUGUUCUUCUACCAAGCCAUUCAAAUGCUCAACACUGGGAACGAAUCCACAAAUUUAGCCACUGGACAUAAGAAACUGUUUCUUACAAUGGGCUCUGAAGAGAGUCUGAACGGGCUGUGUGUGCUUUUCCUGAGGAGCUCUGAGAAGGCCGUAACAAGUACUAACAUAUCCCAGGAGGUGACUUUCACAAAGCUCGAUGGCACAGAUGGCUCGGAGGGCUUGCUGCAAAAUUUUGAGUUACUUUUUUCUGGAGUCAUGUUACCAGCAUUAAAGGCGAAAGAGGACUGGGGGGCUUUGCGAGGUGGCCAAACGAACCCAGAGGUUCAAGACUUCCUGAGUUCAGUGGAAAAAUUCACUUCUAAUCUUUCUUCAUUGGUGAGAUGCACAGAGCAAAGGUUUCGUCUUCAUAGCAUCCCAUCAGAUCCAGAUCUGAGUCACUUACAGAAGCCUGCAGACUUUGACAAAGCAGUUAAAAACUCAGAGCUGAUGCAGAGUCUGGAAGCACUGCUGUUACACUGGGCUGAGCAGAUAGAACAAGUACUGACAGAGAGUGAACACAUCAGGAAAGAAUCAGAUGACAUUGGGCCCUCAGCUGAGCUAGAGCAUUGGAAACGCAGAAUGUUCACAUUCAACAGCCUUAUGGAUGAAAUAAAGAAACCCGAUGUAAGAAAGGUCAUUGGUUUAUUGUCAGGGGCCAAAUCCAAGGCACUAAGAAAGUGGAUAGAAUUGGAUAGAAAUAUCACGGACGUGUCCAAUGAAGCUAAAGAUAAUGUGAAAUAUCUGAGCACUCUGGAGAAGUUCUUUGAUCCUAUGGGAAAAUGCACUCCAGCCAUCAUGUUGGAACACAUUCCUAAAAUGAUGAACAACAUUCGUAUGAUCCACACUGUUUCCCUGUAUUACAACACCUCCGAACAUAUGACACCACUCUUUGUGAAAGUCACCAAUCAAAUGGUCACCACCAGCAAGACUUAUCUCUUCCAAGGGGUAAUGAAAGUCUGGGACUUGGACAGAAAAGAACUGCUCAAGAGGAUCACAGAAUGUGUUCAGUUAAACCAGAAGUACCAGCAGUGCUUUCACUCAAUGAAGGAAAGACUACAGCAGGACAAACGGCAAUUGGAAGUUAGUGAAAAUUAUAUCUUUGGAAAGUUUGACAAAUUCUGCAAACGUCUGGAGAAAAUAGAAGACAUGGCCACAACUCUUGAAGAUUUCUCAAGCCUGCAGUUCAUGAAAGUAGAGGGUAUUGAAAAGAUAUGCAUGAGCUACCAAGCGAUUGUGACCAACAUCAAAUCCAAGACCUACAAUGUCCUUGACCAUCGCAAAUUAGAGUUUGACAGUGACUACACAGAGUUCAAAAGUCAAAUCCAGGUCCUCCGUCACUCUCUUGAGGCACUGAUUGACAACUGGCUUCAACGUCCACUCACUACUCUGCAGAUCCUUGAACUGUUGUCCAAGUUUGAGAACGGUGUGGGCAAACAAAUAGACAUCAGUCAGAAGUAUAUGGUUGUUCUUGAGCGGUACAGUAAAGACCUUGAUUUUGUGCGCAACCACUACCAAAGUGAGAGGAACGACCCCCCUAUUCGGCGUAACAUGCCUCCGGUGGCUGGGAAAAUUUUGUGGUCACGCUAUCUGUUAAAAAGAAUUGAAGAACCAAUGUUUAUCCUGAAAGACAAAGUGGACGUUAAGCAGAAGCCAGAUAUGAAGAAGAUUAUUCGGGCAUACAAUCAACUGGCUGCUGCGCUGGUGAAGUAUGAAGUGGUGUAUCACAAUAGUUGGUUUCAGGGUGUGGAACUGAAACUACAAGGUCUUAAUGCUUCACUGCUGGUCAGACAUCCAGAAACCAAGGUGUUCUAUGUGAAUAUUGAUCCCCUGGUCCUGGAGGUAUUGGAAGAGGCAAAGUGGAUGAAACAAUUAGGUGCUGAUGUACCCAAAGAUAUUCUGGACAAGUGUCCCAAUGAACAGCAGCUGAAGAAGUGUCGGAACAGAUUGCAGAUGAUGCUGGAUGACUUUGAUGCAGCAGUCAAGAGGAUACCCAAUGUGUUACAACCCCUGAUGAAUCCCUUCAUUGGGCGUGUAGUAAAAGCCCUAUUCCCUGGACUGAUUGUAAUGUCAUGGAAAUCCCUCUCUAUCAACUUUUUCAUAGACGGUGUGUAUAAGGCCCUGAAAGAGCUGGAACAAGUAGCAAAGAUUGCCAUAGAUAUUCUGGAAUGCCGGAUUGAAAGUGUCCUAGAAUCCAUGUCGUCCACUCCUCUACUUACACUGCCUGUGGAGGAACCAAUUCCGCCCCAGAACUUCCUGACCAAUACAGAGACUACCAUCAGCACAGCAAGACAAACACUGAAGAUUGCAAGUCAGCAGGUGGAGUGCUCCAUGUUUGAGAUGAUUGAGGAACUGAAAAGAGUGAUGACACCUUCAGAAAUGGUCAACUUGGAGGACCCGUAUGAAUGUCUGCACCCCGAUGCUAAGCAGAAGACGCGUUGUCUGCAAUGCCUGCCAUGUGCCUACUACAUCAUGAUGGGACAGUUGUGUCAGAGGAACACAGAGGCCCUGGUCAGAGCUACCAAACUCUCUCUGGAUUCUCUGCGGCUUCGACUGCAUGUUGCGAGCACAAAGUAUCGGUCUUCCACUCAAAGGGAAGCUGCCAUUCAAGUUCCACUUUUCAAGGCUUCCGUUGAGCUGGCCAUUCCCAACAUCACCCUCAGACCAAGAUUAGAGGAGAUACAGGGCAUUCUUAAUAAAGUUGUAACCACAGUCCUUUCAACGGCAAAUGAUAUUCCCCUCUGGAAAUUUUCCCAUCUCCAGCUAAAGCAAUUGCAGGUAGAGCAGUUAGCAGCAAAGGAGCUGGGAGAUGACAAUCUGGUCACUAAACAGAUCACACAGAGGCCUCUGGACAGACAGUUGGCAGAACAUAAGGAUGUGACCAAGGCUGUGGCCCAACUAGGCGCUGUGAUAGCCUCUCUCAAAGUGGACACAAGGGACAUUGUAGAAGGGUUGUCUCACUUUUCUGAUCUGUGGAACCAGAAUCCAACAGAGCAAGUGAAAGCAUUUUUGGAGACCAACCCAUCUUUGCCAGAAUUCAGCAACCAGCUCUCUCUGUACUCUAAACUUGAGGCCCAGAUUGAAGAACUUCCUGCCACAUGUGCUGUGGGCUCCAUCCUCUACGAGACAGACUCCCUCAAACUGUCACUCACUCAGGAAUGCCACACCUGGAAACGGGAGUUUGGGGCAGCUUUAAAUAAGCAGGCUUCUGCAGGCAUGGCCGAUAUUAGCUCUUUUGUGGAAGGGGUGAGCAGGCAGCUCCAGAGACCCAUCUCUGACCUGGAUGACGUGAGGGGGGCCAUGGCUGCCCUACAUGAGGUGCGAGGACAUGAGAUACGGAUAGACACCAUCAUCGGACCGGUUGAAGAGUCAUUUGCCCUGCUUAAUCGUCACGAGCUCUACUUCAAAGAUGGAAAUGCAGAAAAGAUUGAUGGACUAGUGUUCACUUGGAAAGAACUCAAUGUGAUGGUGAAAAAAACACAGAAUAACCUUGAGGAAAUUCAACCUCACAUGAAGGCCGAGCUUCUUGCUGGAGUUGAGACCUUCCAGAAAACAGUGCAAAAUUUCUAUACUGACUAUGACAACAGUGGUCCUGGAGUACCUGGUUUGGCCCCUCGUGAAGCCAGUGACAGGUUGCAAGUUUAUCAGGCCAAGUUUGAGGAACUGUGGAGGAAAUAUGUCACCUUUUCCAGUGGUGAAGAACUUUUUGGCCUCUCUGUUAAAGAGUAUCCUGAUCUUCACAGAAUCAAGCGAGAGCUCACCCUUCUGUCCAAGCUCUACAGCCUCUACAAUUCUGUCAUUGACAACGUUACCGGCUACUAUGACAUAUUAUGGGCAGACCUCAACAUCGACAAGAUUAAUAGUGAAAUGCUGGAUUUUCAAAAUAGGAUUCGUAAGCUACCGCCGGCCUUGAAAGACUGGCAAGCUUUUAAUGAUCUGAAGAAGACUAUUGAUGACUUCAAUGAAACCUGUCCUCUACUUUACAUGAUGGCAAAUAAGGCACUGCUGCCCAGACACUGGCAACGCUUAACUGAUAUAACAGGCCACAAGUUUGAAGUGGAAUCUGGGAAUUUCAGCUUGCGGAAUGUCAUGGAAGCACCUCUGCUGGAAAAUAAAGAAGAUAUUGAGGAUGUGUGUAUCAGUGCUGUGAAGGAACGAGACAUUGAGGCCAAACUUAAAGACGUGGUGACCGAAUGGAACAGCCACCAGUUCACGUUUGCAUCAUUCAGGAGCCGUGGAGAGCUGCUGCUGAAGGGGUCUGAUACCAUGGAGAAGGUGGCACUAAUAGAGGACAGUCUUAUGGUGCUUGGGUCUUUAAUGAGCAACAGAUAUAAUGCUCCGUUUAAGCCCACCAUCCAGCAGUGGGUGCAAAAGUUGACAAACAGCUCAGAGGUUAUUGAAAAGUGGAUAACAGUGCAGAAUCUGUGGCUGUACCUCGAGGCUGUAUUUGUGGGAGGAGACAUUGCCAAACAACUGCCGCAGGAGGCAAAACGCUUCCAGCACAUUGAUAAGUCCUGGCAGAGGAUAAUGCAGCGGGCACAUGAGAUUCCAGGUGUGGUUCAGUGCUGUGUUGGGGAUGAGAUGCUGAUACAGCUGCUGCCCCACCUGCUGGAGCAACUGGAAGUGUGUCAGAAAUCUCUGAGCGGAUAUCUGGAGAAGAAACGCCUUGUCUUCCCUCGCUUCUUUUUUGUGUCUGACCCUGCCUUGCUGGAGAUACUAGGACAGGCAUCUGACUCGCACACCAUACAGAGUCACCUGUUAAAUCUUUUCGAUAAUGUGAACAGAGUUGUGUUUCAUGAGAAGAACUAUGACCAGAUACUCAGUUUUCAGUCGCAGGAGGGGGAAACCGUGGAUCUGAGUGAACCAGUCAAUGCCCAGGGUAAUGUAGAAGCCUGGCUGGGUCUGUUGCUGAAUGGAGUGAAGAAGACUAUUCACAACAUCAUCCGACAGGCCAACAUGGCCAUUAGUGAAUCUGGGAUUAAACUAGUGGAGUUCCAGUCCAUGUUCCCUGCUCAGAUCGGACUGCUCGGCAUACAGCUCAUCUGGACUAAAGACGCUGAGGAGGCACUUAGCCUUAGCAAGACAGACAAAAAGAUAAUGCAGACUACUAACCAGAAGUUCUUGGACCUGCUGAACGAACUGAUAGACAUGACCACCCAUGAUCUGACCAAGAUGGACAGAACCAAAUAUGAGACGCUCAUCACCAUACAUGUCCAUCAGAAGGACAUUUUUGAUGACCUGGUGCGAAUGAACAUCCGGUCAACCUUAGACUUUGAAUGGCAGAAACAGUCUCGCUUCUACUUUGAAGAGGAGACGGACAGAUGCCUAAUCCAAAUCACUGAUGUGGAAUUUGAUUACUGCAAUGAGUAUCUCGGCUGCACUGACCGACUAGUUAUCACCCCUCUCACUGAUAGAUGUUAUAUCACAUUGGCCCAGGCUUUGGGGAUGAGUAUGGGAGGGGCCCCCGCUGGCCCUGCUGGCACAGGAAAAACUGAAACCACCAAAGAUAUGGGCCGCUGCCUGGGAAAAUACGUAGUUGUCUUCAAUUGCUCAGACCAGAUGGACUUCCGUGGACUGGGCCGCAUCUAUAAAGGAUUAGCCCAGUCUGGUGCAUGGGGCUGUUUUGAUGAAUUCAACCGCAUUGAGCUGCCUGUGCUCUCAGUGGCUGCUCAACAAAUCUACAUCGUCCUGCAGUGCAAGAAAAACAAGAAGUCCCAGUUCAUAUUCACAGAUGGAGAUGUGGUGGACAUGGACAGAGAGUUUGGCAUCUUCCUUACUAUGAAUCCAGGUUAUGCCGGUCGACAGGAGCUUCCAGAGAACUUGAAAAUUCAGUUCCGCACGGUUGCCAUGAUGGUACCUGACAGAGCCAUCAUCAUGAGAGUGAAACUGGCCAGCGCAGGCUUUCGUGAUAAUCAAGUUCUCAGUCGCAAAUUUUACACCCUGUACAAACUAUGUGAAGAGCAGCUUUCCAAACAGGUCCACUAUGACUUUGGCUUGAGGAACAUCUUGUCCGUUUUGAGAACUCUUGGUGCUGUAAAGAGAUCCAACCCAACUGAGCCAGAGCAGACUGUGGUUAUGAGAGUGCUCCGUGACAUGAACCUCUCCAAACUGGUGGAUGAAGAUGAGCCUCUGUUCAUGAGUCUGAUCAAUGAUCUGUUUCCGGGCAUCAAUCUAGAUAAAGCAGGUUACCCUGAGCUGGAAGCUGCUAUCACCAGACAAGCUGAAGAGGCCGGACUAAUUGCACACCCACCCUGGAUUCUCAAACUUGUGCAGCUCUAUGAGACUCAAAGAGUGAGACAUGGUAUGAUGACUCUUGGCCCCAGUGGAACAGGAAAGACCACAUGCAUCCACACUCUAAUGAAAGCCAUGACUGACUGUGGAAGUCCUCACAAAGAAAUGAGGAUGAACCCCAAAGCCAUCACUGCCUCCCAGAUGUUUGGCACCCUCGAUGUGGCCACAAAUGACUGGACAGAUGGAAUCUUCUCUACACUGUGGAGGAAAACUCUGAAGGCCAAGAAGGGCGAACACAUAUGGAUUGUUCUUGAUGGCCCAGUUGACGCAAUCUGGAUCGAAAACCUCAACUCCGUUCUAGAUGACAACAAGACCCUUACCCUUGCUAAUGGUGAUCGUAUACCAAUGGCACCAAAUUGCAAGGUGGUUUUUGAGCCACACAACAUCGACAAUGCAUCUCCUGCCACUGUGUCCCGCAAUGGAAUGGUCUUCAUGAGCUCCUCUGUUCUGGACUGGCAACCCAUACUACAGGCUUGGCUGCAGAAGAUUCCAGCAACACAAGCUGAUGUGCUUCUAGCCUCUUUCAACUCUGUCUAUCAGGAUCUGAUGAAUUUCAUCUCCACUGCAGUUUCCCCCAAAAUGCAGCUACUGGAAUGCAUGUACAUCAAGCAGACCAUUGAUCUACUACAGGGCCUGUUGCCAGCUGUUGAGGAGAAACACCUAACAGCGGCUCACAUCAACCGUCUCUUCCUAUUUGCUGUCAUGUGGUCUGUUGGUGCUUUGCUGGAACUGGAUGAUCGAUCCAAGAUGGAAGCGUUCCUUAAAAAGCACUCUGCCAGUCUGGACCUGCCCAACACACAGGGGGAACAGACUAUAUUUGAGUUUGUGGUCAAUGAGACUGGAGAAUGGGAACUUUGGUCAAAAAGGGUGCCAGAGUACCACUAUCCCAAAGACAUGGUUCCUGACUAUGGCUCCAUUCUUGUACCGAAUGUCGACAAUAUACGGACUGACUUCCUGAUGCAAACCAUAAUGAAACAAGGCAAAGCUGUCCUGCUCAUUGGUGAACAGGGAACUGCCAAGACUGUCAUGAUCAAGGGCUACACCAGCAAGUACGAUCCGGAAACAUAUUUAAGCAAAAGUCUGAACUUCUCCUCUGCCACCCAGCCUGGCAUGUUCCAGCAGACCAUUGAGAGUUACAUAGACAAACGCAUGGGCACCACCUAUGGACCUCCUGCAGGGAAGAAGAUGACCGUCUUCAUUGAUGACAUCAACAUGCCAGUUAUCAAUGAGUGGGGCGAUCAGAUCACUAACGAGAUUGUUCGUCAGCUGAUGGAGCAGGGAGGCUUCUACUGCCUGGAGCGGCCCGGUGAAUUCACCAGCAUAAUUGAUCUACAGCUGGUGGCCGCUAUGAUCCACCCCGGUGGCGGCCGCAAUGACAUCCCCCAGCGACUCAAACGCAAGUUCAGUGUGUUUAACUGCACUCUGCCCUCCAACUCCUCCAUAGAUAAGAUCUUCGACACAUUGGCCAGUGGUUAUUUCUGCCCGGAAAGAGGUUUCUUACAGGAGGUGUGCUCACUGGCGGCUGCCCUCGUGCCCACCUCCAGGAGAGUGUGGCAGGCAGUCAAAGCCAAGAUGCUGCCUUCCCCGGCAAAGUUCCACUACAUUUUUAACCUGCGUGACCUUAGCAGGAUAUGGCAGGGCAUUCUCACUGUGGGAGCAGAAGUGUGUUCGACACCUCAACUGCUGGCGUCUCUGUUCCGCCAUGAGUGCUCACGAGUCAUUGCAGACCGUUUCAUCGAUCAGAAGGACAGAGACACAUUCAAUUCCAUUUUGGAGAGGAUCACAGAAAAGGAUCAUGGUCCUAGUAUUUUGGAGUGUGGGUCAUGGGAAGAGUAUUUUGUGGACUUCCUGCGGGACGCUCCAGAGAUGACGGGAGAUGAACCUGAAGAUGCAGAGGCUGAGACACCGAAAAUCUAUGAGCCCAUUCCCUCCUUCAAAGCCCUGUCAGAGCGCCUCUCUGUAUUUCAACAGCAGUAUAAUGAAACUGUUAGAGGAGCGGCCAUGGAUCUGGUCUUCUUUGAGGAUGCUAUGAUCCACUUAAUGAAGAUCUCUCGGAUAAUCCGGACACCUCGAGGUAAUGCUCUGCUGGUUGGAGUUGGGGGUUCUGGAAAACAGAGCCUCACCCGACUUGCAUCCUUCAUAGCUGGAUACCAGAGCUUUCAGAUAACAAUGACACGAACAUAUAAUGUGAGUAAUCUAAUUGAGGACCUGAAAGCCCUGUACAGAAUUGCAGGUUUGGAAGGGAAGGGUGUCACUUUCAUCUUCACAGACAACGACAUCAAGGACGAAGCUUUUCUAGAGUAUAUGAACAACGUGCUGGCAUCUGGAGAAGUUUCUAACCUGUUUGCUCGAGAUGAGGUUGAUGAAAUCACACAGAGUCUUAUUCCCAUCAUGAAGAAGGAACUCCCACGCUGCCCACCAACCGUAGACAAUCUUUACAACUACUUCCUGUCCAGAGUGCGUAGUAACCUCCAUGUGGCUCUUUGCUUCUCUCCGGUUGGUGAGAAAUUGCGUUCCCGGGCCCUGAAGUUCCCCGGGCUCAUUUCCGGCUGCACUGUUGACUGGUUCCAGCGUUGGCCCCGAGAUGCUUUGGUGGCCGUGGCUCAGCACUUCCUCUCCAACUAUUCACUCAAAUGUUCAGAUGAGGUGAAGAAGAGUGUUGUAGAAACAAUGGGAAUGUUCCAGGAUAUGGUGGCUGAGAUCUCGACAGAGUAUUUCCAGCGCUUUAGACGUCAGACCUAUGUGACCCCCAAAUCCUACUUGACAUUUAUCAAGGGGUACCAGACGGUUUACUCUGAGAAAAUUGAGCAUGUGGGAAUGCUGGCAAGCAGAAUGAACACAGGUCUCGAGCGACUCAUGGAGGCAGAGCAGUCUGUUAAUCAGCUGUCUGUAGAGCUAGCAGAGAAGGAGAAGGUGUUGGAUGUGGCCACCCGGAAAGCAAAUGGGGUUCUGGAGGAGGUCACUGUCAAAGCACAGGCCGCAGCAAAGGUGAAGACUCAGGUACAGAAGGUGAAAGACAAGGCCCAGGCCAUUGUUGACGAAAUAGAGGGGGAGAAGAAGGUGGCUGAGUCCAAACUAGAGGCAGCCAAACCGGCAUUAGCAGCAGCUGAGACUGCACUGCAGACUUUAAAGCCCGCUGACAUUGCGACAGUGCGUAAGCUGGGGAAGCCUCCACAUCUCAUCAUGCGAAUCAUGGACUGCGUGCUGCUGCUGUUACAGCGACGGAUAGAUCCUGUCACCAUGGACCCUGAGAAACUUUGCGUGAAACCUUCCUGGGCUGAAGCCCUCAAACUGAUGAACAAUACAGGGUUCCUCAGCAUGCUGUUGAACUUCAACAAGGACACUAUUACAGAGGAGACAGUCGAGCUGCUUGCUCCAUAUAUGGCUAUGGAAGAUUUUAACCUAGAAACUGUCAAGAAGACCUGUGGUAAUGUAGCGGGACUCUAUUCCUGGAUUAAGGCAAUGGUGGAAUUCUAUGGCAUCAAUAAGGAAGUUCUGCCCCUAAAGGCUAACCUAAAGCUUCAAGAGGCACGUUUGACCGUGGCACAGGAAGAACUGUCAAAGGCUCAAGAACAGCUGGACAUGAAGCAGAAAGAGCUGAACGAUGCUCAGGCUAUUUAUGAUGCUGCCAUGGAGGAGAAAUUGGCCCUGCUGGAGGAUGCUGAGGCAUGCAGGAAGAAGAUGUCCAAUGCUGUCGCACUUAUAGAUGGACUUGGUGGAGAAAAGGUUCGCUGGACAGAGAGCAGUACUCAGUUCCAGAGGCAAAUCACAGAUUUGGUGGGCGAUGUGUUAUUGGCCACUGGAUUUCUGUCGUAUGCUGGGCCUUUCAACCAGGAGUACCGCAACCUUCUCAUGCAACAGUGGAAGAAAGAAAUGAAUAUCUGCCACAUCCCUUACAGUGAGAACCUGAAUUUGAUCAGUAUGCUGGUGGACAACGCCACUAUAGGAGAAUGGAACCUGCAGGGUCUUCCUAACGAUGACCUGUCCAUUCAGAAUGGCAUCAUCGUAACAAAGGCUUCUCGUUAUCCUCUGCUCAUUGACCCUCAGGGACAAGGCAAGAUCUGGAUCAAGAACCGUGAAAAUAAUAAUGACCUACAGGUGACAUCUCUUAACCACAAAUAUUUCCGAACUCACUUGGAAGACUGCCUGUCUCUGGGCAGACCUUUGCUCAUAGAGGAUGUGGGGGAAGAGCUUGAUCCAGUGCUUGAUAACAUUUUGGAGAAGAACUUCAUAAAGUCUGGGAAAACUUAUAAAGUGAAAGUAGGAGACAAAGAGGUGGAUGUGAUGAAGGAAUUUAAUCUCUACAUCACGACUAAAUUGGCCAAUCCCGCGUACAGUCCAGAGAUCAGUGCUAAAACUGCAGUGGUAGAUUUUACAGUCACUAUGAAGGGCUUGGAGGACCAGUUACUCGGCCGAGUCAUUCUCAUAGAGAAAAAGGAAAUGGAAGCCGAGCGUGUGAAGCUCUUGGAGGAAGUGACAUCGAACAAGAGGAAGAUGCAGGAGUUAGAAAACAAUCUUCUAUGCAGGCUGACCAGCACUCAGGGCUCUCUGGUGGAAGAUGAAUCUCUUAUUGAGGUGCUCAGAGUCACAAAGACCACAGCAGAGGAGGUGAGUGACAAGCUCGCAGUUGCUGCAGACACAGAAAUCAAGAUCAAUCUCACACGAGAGGAGUACCGUCCAGUGGCCACCAGAGGGAGCAUCCUCUAUUUCCUGAUUGUGGAGAUGAGCCUGGUCAAUGUCAUGUACCAAACCUCACUACGUCAGUUCCUGGGCAUUUUUGACAUGUCCAUGGAAAAGUCUCCAAAGUCCCCAAUCACAGCUAAAAGACUCAGUUCCAUCAUGGAGUACCUCACUUACGAGGUGUUUCGCUACACUGCUCGAGGACUUUAUGAAAGUCACAAGUUCCUUUUCACGCUGCUGCUGACCUUGAAGAUAGACCUACAGGCCAAAAACAUCUCCCACAGCGAGUUCCAGACAUUCAUCAAAGGUGGAGCAUCUCUCGACCUAAAAUCUGUCGAGCCCAAGCCAAAGCGCUGGAUCCUGGACAUUACAUGGCUAAACCUGGUGCAGCUCUCCAGCCUGCCCCCCUUUACUGCUCUGCUUACCCAGGUGGGCCACAAUGACCGCGCCUGGAAGAGCUGGUUUGAUGAAGCAGCCCCAGAGGAGACCCCCCUGCCUGAUGGUUAUGAGAGCCAGCUGGAUGCAUUCCGUAAACUACUGCUCAUACGGAGCUGGUGCCCUGACCGCACCAUUGCACAGGCACGCAAAUACAUUGCUGAAUCAAUGGGGGUGAAGUACGCAGAGGGAGUGAUUCUGGACAUGGAGGCCAUGUGUUCAGAGAGUGAGAAGAGAACACCACUGGUUUGUUUCCUGUCUAUGGGCUCUGAUCCAACUGAGAACAUAGAGAGACUUUCCAAGUCAAAGGGUGUUCCUUGCAGACCCAUAUCUAUGGGGCAGGGACAGGAAGUGCAUGCACGAAAGCUUCUGGCCCAGAGUAUGUCCGAUGGAGGUUGGUUACUGCUACAGAACUGUCAUCUGGGGUUGGACUUUCUGGAUGAACUUCUAGACACAGUCACCACGGUUGAGAACGUCCAUGACAGCUUCAGGAUAUGGGUGACCACAGAGGUCCACCCCAAGUUUUCCAUUAACUUCCUGCAGUCUUCCAUUAAAUUCACCAAUGAGCCACCACAAGGGGUAAAGGCCGGACUCAAGCGGACGUACACCAUCGUCACACAAGAGCAGUUGGAGAUCAUCAACAUGCCUCAGUGGAGACCUCUGCUCUAUGCUGUAGCCUUCCUUCAUACCACAGUCCAGGAGAGACGCAAAUUUGGUCCACUUGGUUGGAACAUUCCCUAUGAGUUUAACCAGGCUGAUUUCACUGCCAGCAUCCAGUUUGUACAAAACCACCUGGAUGAUGUGGAUGUCAAGAGAGGCGUGAACUGGAGCUGCCUGCGAUACAUGCUGGGAGAGGUGCAGUAUGGUGGACGUGUUACGGAUGACAUGGACAAACGGCUUCUCAAUACAUUUGCUCGGAUCUGGUUCAGUGAGAACAUGUUUGGGGAGAAAUUCUGCUUCUACAAAGGAUAUACCAUACCAAAGGCCAAGAUGCUACAGGAUUACCAUGCACAUAUUGAUGCUCUGCCAUUGGUUGACACACCCGAGGUAUUUGGCCUCCAUUCCAAUGCUGACAUCACUUACCAGACAAACAUGGCUAACGAAACCCUGUGCACCAUACUCAACAUCCAACCAAAAGACAGCGGCAGUGGGGAGGGAGAGACCAGGGAGGCAUCUGUUCAGCGACUGGCCAGUGAGAUGCUGGAAAAGCUUCCUGCUGACUAUGUGCCUCAUGAGGUGAAGAGUUAUCUUCAACAAAUGGGUGCAUUCCAGCCCAUGACUAUAUUUCUCCGUCAAGAGAUUGACAGGAUGCAGCGAGUCAUUGGCCGUGUGCGCAAUACCCUCAUGGACCUAAAACUCGCCAUCGAUGGGACAAUCAUCAUGUCCGAGGAUCUCCGCAAUGCUCUUGACAGCAUCUAUGAUGCUCGAGUUCCAGAUACCUGGCAGAGGAUAUCGUGGGAAUCAGCUACUUUGGGGUUUUGGUUUACUGAACUGCUCGAGAGGAACCAGCAAUUCCACAACUGGGUGUUUAAUGGUCGACCUCAUCUGUUUUGGCUCACAGGGUUUUUCAAUCCACAGGGAUUCUUAACAGCGAUGCGUCAAGAGACCACCCGAAUGAAUCUGUCUAAAGGCUGGGCUUUAGACACCGUCAUCCUUGUCAAUGAUGUCACAAAAAUGUUGAGGGAAGAUGUCACAGGCCCCCCGCCAGCAGAUGUUGGCGGAGUCUACAUCUACGGCCUCUAUCUGGAUGGUGCAGGUUGGGACAAGCGAAAUGCAAAAAUAACAGAAGCACCUUCAAAGGUUCUCUUCACACCGUUGCCAGUUGUGCAUGUUUAUGCAGUUAGCAGUGCGACCACAGAAACCAAGAAGCCACAGCCCUUCAGUCUGUAUUACUGUCCCGUCUACAAGAAACCCAGACGAACUGACCUCACGUUCAUCUUCUCCCUAACGCUCAGAACAAGCCUGAAUCCUGACCACUGGGCACUGAGGGGAGUGGCUUUGCUUUGCGACUGCAAAUAAAAGAUGCUGAAUACAGAGCUGAUUAGACAUAACAUUUUUGUUUAGUUUAAAAAAUAGAAAAACUUAAAAAGCUAUAUGACUCUAUAAAAAUUGGUUAGCUAAAAUGUUCGAAAAUAUUAAGACAUUGUUUUUAACAUAGUAGUUUAUAACAGUACCAAACCAGUUUUAUUUAUUAAUUCAAAAAUAAAAAGAAAGACAUUGCAAAGAUUACCCAAAAGUUUUUUUGUGUAAAAUUACCUAAGAUAACUUAUGUAAAAAAAAAAAAAAAAAACUGAAUAAAAUAUACAACCUCCGUAGUCACUUUAAUGAAUCUUAAGAAUCUAACAAAUAUCUUUUAUGAAUUUAGUCUAUAUAACUGUACUAAAAUAUGAAUAAAAUGAGAGCAAAAUUAAUGCACAAACAUGCAAGAAAUAUUUCUCCUCAUGGUGGUCAUACAUUUUGCAUAAUUACUUUUGCAGUGCAUUGUUAUUGAUUGAUGCUUUAUUGGAAAUGAAGUGCUGCACAGCAUCAAGAUCCUUAAAGCACAUCUUGAUUGCAAAGCUCUUUAAUUAUUAUCAAUGAAAAAACAUAAUCAUUAGAAUAACUUGCUAGAAUAAUUGCUU